ACUCUAUGAACAUGUGUUUCAUUACCUAGCAGUUAAAACUUUUCAUGACAACAAAAUCAUUAAAAGCUUGCUUUAUCGUCUAUAAGUUUGAUUUCUUCAUCAAAUGAGAAACAUUCCAACCAUCAUCCGCGGUUGUUCAAGGUGAGAACCAUUUCAUUGACUUGAUUUUUGAUACAUUGGCAAGAUUUCAUUGACAAAUCGUAAAACAGUUUUGCUAGUAGGGAAGAGGAAGACAAAGAUAAUAUUUUACAAGUGUGUCGAUUGAACAUUAGCGAAGGGAAGAGAGAGAAAGAGAUGUCACUGGCAGCUCAUCUUCUGCCAUGGGGUGUUGACUUUAACACUAGCUGGAUAGCCUUGCUGGUGAUAAGUAAUGUUACAAGUCCUAAGCAAGAUGAUGGAUGGGACAGUCCUAAUCAAAAAGAAAAAUAUUGUGCGGGAGCAUUUGUUGGUGGAUCGUGGUUUCUCACUUCGGCUAGUUGCUUGCAGCCCCUGCCUGAACCUCACCAGGUGACUGUAAUGACUGGCUGGGGAGAUUUCAAGUGUUCGCAACACCAACUAUGGGAAUUUCAGUCGAUUGGAUUUGAAAUCGAUCUGCACCCUGGUAACAGUGACAGUUCUUUUGUCGAUUUGGCAAUGGUGAGAACACGCAGGACUGUGUUCCAUGUACCAGAAGUCGAGCUCAACAGAUUUCCUCACAUCUUGACAGACUCCGGGUGCCGAUUACUGUCGUUUGAGGGAAAACAUCCUCAAGCUGAAAACGAGUAUAUCAAAGCUGGUUUUGUGUCAGUGAAUCCUACAGAUUGUCCACCGGAAGAUCAAAACCGAAAAAUAUGUACAGAAUAUAAAGACAGAGGUGCCCAGGACCUUCAAAUUCUCCCAGAAAAAUUGGGAGCUUUGCUGGAAUGCGAUGGAGAGUUGACUGGCGUAUUAACACAGUCUCAAAUAACAUCUACUGUUAGUAAAAAAUUGCAAAUUUUUGAAAACAUUCAAGAACAUCGAAAUUGGAUCCUACAAACAAUCGAAGAUGCUCAUGACAUAUUGUUCGAUGAAGGGCCUCCGAAGGGUUGGAAGGAGAUGGACGAUGAGACGUUCACUAAUUUAUUGAAAGAAGAUGAGCUGUGGACGGCAUCUCAAAGAGAGUACAAUGAUUAUGAAAUCGAUCAGACGUCAUCAGUAGAUAAACAUGAUUCUGAUAAGAGAAUGUCUGGUCUUUACAAUUUUGAGAAUAUGAAGUUUAGUAGGCCUACAAAUUUUUACCUCAAUAUUGCCACAAUUUUUCUUUGUAUAUUCUGUUUGGUUGCUGUCAUAUACUUAUGCAUUGUUCAAUUUUAUCGAUUUGAUAACAUUUCUAUGUAAUGCUUCAUAUAGAAAAGUUAAUUAUUUUAUCAUUUUUGAUCCCUCAUGAUUUAUAUAUUUAACACGAUUCAUAUAUAAAUAAUAUAUUUUUCAUGAAAUGCUAUUAAAUUUGAAGAAAAAGUUAAUGCUU